AUGGAGGGGCAGCUGGACAGGAGGAGGGAAGGUGGGCAGAGGGGACAUGGGACAGGAGGAGGGGCACAGAUGGACAGGAGGAACGCAGAGGGACAGGUGGAGGGCAGUGGGACAGGAGGAGCGCAGAGAGGGACAGGUGAGGAGCAGUGGGACAGGAGGAGUGGGACAGGGAGCGCAGAGGGACAGCCAGUGGAGGGAUUGGCAGAGAGGGGUGGAGGACACUGAAUGGAGGCCAGUGGAGGGAUUGGCAGAGAGGGGUGGAGGACACUGAGUGGAGGCCAGUGGAGGGAUUGGCAGAGAGGGUGGAGGACACUGAGUGGAGGCCAGUGGAGGGAUUGGCAGAGAGGGGUGGAGGACACUGAAUGGAGGCCAGUGGAGGGAUUGGCAGAGAGGGGUGGAGGACACUGAGUGGAGGCCAUUGAGGGAUUGGCAGAGAGAGGUGGAGGAC